AUGCGAAUGAGACCGAUGGAAGCACAAACGGUACAAACAGAGCCGUUGGAUUUAUCGGUGCCGAAAUUGGGUGAGGAACGAAUGAAACUGCAAGAAACGAAUAAAGGACAGACGGAAAGUUUCUCUCAAUCGUCGUAUUUGAGUACUCAUAAGAAGAUGCAUACCGGUAAAAAGCCGAACCAUUGUACGAUAUGCGGGAAAGAUUUCAAUAAAUUAUCGGAUUUAAACAGACACAACAGAACUCAUACCGGUGAAAAGCCGUACAGUUGCAUGGUAUGCAAUCAAAGUUUCUCUCAAUCAUCGGAUUUGGGCAGACAUACCAGAACUCACACUGGUGAAAAGCCGUAUAGUUGCACGGUAUGCAAUCAAAGCUUCUCGCAAUCAUCGAUUAUGAAUGUACAUAGGAGAACGCAUAUCAGUGAAAAACCUUGCAAUUGUACGGUAUGCGGGAAGAGUUUCCUUCAAUCAUCGAAUUUGGGCAGACAUCGCAGAAUUCAUACCGGCAAAAUGCCACAUAGCUGUGCGAUAUGUGGGAAAAAAUUCAUUAGAUCAUCGGCUUUGAGCAUACAUAGCAGAACUCAUACCGGUGAAAAGCCGUACAGCUGUUCGAUAUGCAAUCAAAGUUUUUCUGAUCUAUCCAAUAUGAAACAACAUGAGAGGACUCAUGGCAAUGAAAAGCCUUACAGUUGCCCGAUAUGCAAUCGAAGUUUUUCACGAUUAUCGCAUUUGAAGAGACAUAUGAAGAUACAUAUGAAGAUACUGCAAAUUAUUUCGGUAUUUCGUUAA